AUGGCGGGCGGCCCAAAUCAUACCCUUGCUAUUAUGGAAGAUAAUAGCGUCUGGGGCGCUGGCCUCAAUUGUUCAGGCCAAUUGGGUCUUCCGCAGAGCAUAGACCGUGUUCAUACAUUUACACACAUUUUCCAACUCCCAAAAACGGUUUCGAUCCAGGCUGUGGUGUGUGGAUGGGAUUUCAGCAUCGUAUUAUCAAAGGAGAAUUGUCUUUGGGUCGCCGGCUCAAACAGAAAAGGAACCAUAUUGCUGGAGUCGCAAAGGCCCUAUUUCUCCUUUGAAAAGAUCGAGCCUGCAAUGGAAUCGAUUUGCAAGCUUUCAGCUGGACUGUACCACGUCCUUGCUCUAACACACGGACAAAAACUCUACGGUUGGGGAGAUGGAAAAAAGAUGUUGUUCGGAAGAAACACAGGCAUUACUCAGCCAAUCCUCCUGGAAUUCCCGGAAACAUGCAUCAUUGACAUGGCUGCAGGGAUCAAGGUUACGGUGGCUCUUGGUGCAUCUGGUACCGUUUAUGUGAACUCGAAACAUGAAGGUGGAUUUUCCCCCCUGUUCAAGGUUUCGAAUGGCCCCGUUGAUUCAUCGCAUUCACUGCACUCGACAUGGCAUUCCUUUUUCAUGGUGACGCGGAAUAAGCUUUUUGGAUGGGGACGCAAUAACUUUUCUCAAAUUUCAAGCAGCCAUCCUUCAACUCUGAGCGUCAGUCCAGCCACCAUUGACGACCUCCCGUUUGCCGCUUCAGAAAUCGCAAAGGUACCCCAUGUGGCUAAUGUUUGGUAG